GCCGCCGCCGCCGCUUCAGCACCAGCGCCCGGACAGCGGCGCCGCCCACGGGCAUGGACGGUGGUGGCGGCAGCAGCAGCAGCGAUCCGGUUCCCGGCCCGGGUCCGGAAGGGGAGCAGCGGCCCGAGGGGGAGCUUUUGGCCCCAGGAGGCAGCUCCCCGGACAGGUCCCAGAGCAAGGCUGUGGCCCCGGAGGCCAGUCCAGAGAGAAGCUGCUCCCUCCACAGCUGCCCCGUUGAGGACCCUUCCAGUUCUUCUGGACCACCACCAGCAACUUCCACCCUCCAGCCUGUGGGCCCAUCCAGCCCCUUGGCCCCUGCUCACUUUACCUAUCCCCGAGCACCGCAGGAGUACCGGGGGGGAAGCUCUCUGCCAGGGCUCGGGGACCGGGCAGGGCUGUGCUCCCAUGGCUCCAGCCUCAGCCCUUCCCCAGCCCCCUCACAGCGUGAUGGGGCCUGGAAGCCAGCAUCUGUGCAGCACCAUGUGGUCAGCGUCAGGCAGGAACGGGCCUUCCGGAUGCCAAAGAGCUAUUCCCAGCUGAUUGCGGAGUGCCCAGUGGCCGUGCUGCUGCUGUGUCUGGCUUUCAUCCUCCUCUGCACCCUGGCUGGACUGCUGGGGGGCCAGCUACCUGAUUUCUCCAAGCCCUUACUGGGCUUUGAGCCUCGGGACACGGACAUUGGGCGCAAGCUAGUGGUCUGGAGAGCACUGCAGGCCCUCACAGGCCCCAAGAAGCUGCUUUCCCUUUCCCCAGACCUUGAGCUGAACAGCUCAAACCCCCACACCACUCUGAGCCCCGCCACACCCUGGAGCAGUGCCCAAGAGGAGUUGGUCCGGCCUCGAAGGAUGGUGGAGUCCUUGGAGGACAGAGGGCAGGAGAGCUUCUUCUGUGGCCCCCCUGAGAAGAGCUAUGCACAGCUGGUGUUCAUGUCCACCUCAGCGGGCAGCCUCUGGAAUCUGCACGCCAUUCAUUCUAUGUGUCGCAUGGAACAUGACCAGAUCCGCUCCCAUCCCAGCUUUGGGGCUCUGUGCCAGCGUACGGCAGCCAACGAGUGCUGCCCAAGUUGGUCCCUGGGCAACUACGUGGCUGUGCUCUCCAAUCGCUCCUCCUGCCUAGACAUUACUCAAGCUGACACAACCCGCACGCUGGCCCUGCUGCGGGCCUGUGCCCUCUACUAUCACCGUGGUGCCCUGGUGCCCUCCUGUCUGGGACCCGGAAAGGACAAGCCCCCACGCUGUACCCAGGUUCCCACCAAGUGCUCCCAGAGCAGUGCUGUCUACCAACUCCUGCACUUCCUGCUGGACAGGGACUUUCUGAGUCCCCAAACUGCUGACUACCAGGUGCCCUCCCUCAAGUACAGCCUGCUCUUCCUGCCCACCCUGAAGGGUGCCUCCAUGAUGGGCAUCUACCUGGACCGCCUCGCUAUGCCCUGGGGGCUCUCCGACAACUACACAUCCGUCACCGGCAUGGAUCUGGGCCUCAAGCAGGAACUGCUGAGACACUACCUGGCCCAGGACACGGUGUACCCCUUGCUGGCCCUGGCUGCCAUUUUCCUCAGCAUCGCUCUCUACCUGCGCUCGCUCUUCCUCACGCUCAUGGUGCUGCUGGGGGUGCUGGGCUCCCUGCUGGUUGCCUUUUUUCUCUACCGAGUGGCCUUCCGGAUGGCCUACUUCCCCUUCGUCAAUCUGGCAGCCCUCGUCCUGCUGAGCAGCGUCUGUGCGAACCACACCCUCAUCUUCUUCGACCUCUGGCGCCUCAGCAAGAGCCAGCUGCCGUCCGGGGGGCUGGCGCAGCGCGUGGGCCGCACCAUGCACCACUUCGGCUACCUGCUGCUGGUCUCGGGCCUCACCACGGGCGCGGCCUUCUACGCCAGCUACCUGAGCCGCCUCCCGGCCGUGCGCUGUUUCGCGCUCUAUAUGGGAACGGCUGUGCUGGCGCACCUGGCGCUCACGCUGGCCUGGCUGCCUUCCUCCGCGGUGCUCCACGAGCGUUACCUGGCGCGCGGCUGUGCGUCCCAGGCGCGUGGCCCGUGGGCCGGCAGCGCGCCCCGGCGACUGGCACUGGCCCUCCACCGACGGCUCCGCGGCCUCCGGAGGGCGGCCUCCAGCACCUCGCGCCUGCUCUUCCAGCGCCUCCUGCCCUGCGGCGUCAUCAAGUUCCGUUACAUCUGGAUCUGCUGGUUCGCCGCGCUGGCGGCUGGGGGCGCCUACAUCGCCGGUGUCAGCCCCCGCCUGCGGCUGCCCACGCUGCCGCCGCCCCGCGGCCAGGUCUUCCGGCCCAGCCACCCCUUCGAGCGCUUCGACGCCGAGUACCGUCAGCAGUUUCUGUUUGAGCGGCUGCCUCAGGGCGAGGGCGGCCACAUGCCCGUGGUCUUGGUGUGGGGCAUCCUGCCCGUGGACACGGGCGACCCCCUGGACCCUCGCAGCAACAGCUCGCUGGUGAGCGACCCUGCCUUCUCAGCCAGCGGUCCUGAGGCCCAGCGCUGGCUGCUGGCCCUCUGCCGCGGAGCUCGGAAUCAAAGCUUCUUCGGGGCCCAGCCGGAGGGCUGGCCCACAUUGUGCUUCGUGGAGGCUCUCCAGCGCUGGAUGGAGAGCCCCGGCUGUGCCCGCCUGGGGCCGGGCCUCUGCUGUGGCCACUCGGGCUUCCCCUGGGCCCCGCAGCUUUUCCUGCACUGCCUCAAGAUGAUGGCUCUGGAGCAAGGCCCCGAGAGCCCCCGGGACCUGGGAGCCCGCUUCAAUACCCAGGGCGGCUUGGCUGCCCUGGUCCUGCAGUUCCAGACCAACUUCCCCUACAGUCCAGACUACAGCCAGGCUCACCACUUCUACACUGAGGUCAACCACUGGCUGGCCGCAGAGCUGGGCAGGGCACCCCCUGGCCUGCGCCGGGGUUGGUUCACCAGCCGUCUGGAGCUGUACAGCCUGCAGCACAGCCUGAGCACCGAGCCUGCAGUGGUGCUGGGCCUGGCGCUGGCGCUGGCCUUUGCCACACUGCUGCUGGGCACCUGGAAUGUUCCCCUUAGCCUGUUCUCAGUGGCGGCAGUGGCAGGCACUGUGCUGCUCACCGUGGGGCUCCUGGUUCUGCUCGAGUGGCAGCUCAACACUGCCGAGGCCCUCUUUCUCUCUGCCUCGGUGGGCCUGUCCGUGGACUUCACUGUCAACUACUGCAUCUCCUAUCACCUGUGCCCGCACCCUGACCGCCUGAGUCGCGUGGCCUUCUCGCUGCGCCAGAGCAGCUGCGCCACGGCGGUGGGGGCCGCGGCCCUGUUUGCAGCCGGCGUCCUCAUGCUCCCGGCCACGGUGCUGCUCUAUCGCAAGCUGGGCAUCGUCCUCAUGAUGGUGAAGUGCGUCAGCUGCGGCUUCGCCAGCUUCUUCUUCCAAUCUCUCUGCUGCUUCUUCGGACCAGAGAAGAACUGUGGGCAGAUCCUCUGGCCUUGUGCACACCUGCCGUGGGAUGCCGGCACUGGGGAGCCUGGUGGGGAGAAGGCAGGUCGCCCACGACCAGGGCCGGUGGGAGGGGUGCCCGGGUCCUGCUCAGAGCAGUACGAGCUACAGCCCCUGGCACGACGCCGGAGUCCCAGCUUUGACACCAGUACAGCCACCAGCAAGCUGUCUCACCGGCCCUCCGUGCUCUCUGAAGAUCUACAGCUGCACGAUGGCCCCUACUGCUCCCGGCCCCCGCCAGGCCCUGCAUCCCCAAGGGAGCUGUUCCUGGACCACCAGGCAGUUUUCAGCCAGUGCCCGGCCCUGCAGACUUCCUCUCCCUACAAGCAAGCUGGACCCAGCCCCAAAACCCAGGCCAGGCAGGGCUCCCCAGGGAAGAAGGCUGAGCUGGUGCAGGCCUCAUUAGAAGCCCCAGCCCACCCUCCCAGGCCCAAGCCCCAGGUCGUGGAGCCCCCUGAUUGCCUCUGCUCUUCAGCCAGCACCCUGGAGGGGCUCAGCGUCUCUGAUGAAACCUGCUUAAGCACCUCUGAGCCCAGUGCCCGCGUUCCAGAUUCUGUGGGUGCCUCCCCAGAGGACCUGGAUGAGACCGAGCAGACAGUACCUGAACGGGGCCAGCUCAAUGAGAAGCGGGACACGCUAUGGCUGGCGCUCAAGGAGACUGUUUACGACCCAUCUCUGCCUGCCUCACACCAGAGCAGCUCGUCCUGGAAGGGCCGUGGGGGGCCGGGGGAUGGCAGCCCUGUGGUGCUGCCCAACAGCCAGCCAGAUCUGCCAGAUGUUUGGGUCCGCAGGCCCAGCACCCACACUUCAGGCUAUAGUAGCUGAGGGAGGCCCAGGGAGGCCCACCCAGGGCACAGAGCCUGUUGGGGAUGUAAUGGCCGGAGCAGCACCAGGCUAGAGCCUGAUAGUGUUUCCCCACAUCAGCGUGGGGAGGUCUCGCCCUCCAGCUGUGGAUUUUAAACCCUGCCAAAUGUUCUGGCCCUGGUCUGGGCUGCUGCUUACUCCUCACACCUGGAGGAUUCGGAAUGGGGAGUGGUCUUUGGAGUGAAAUGCCAAGCUCUCCUUUUGACCUGCGAAGGGCUCAUCUGCUCCCACAGUGCCAGCCAGGACCCACCCUCUGGAAGGGUGAAGGUCAUGUGGGCAGCUCCAUGUAUCAGGGGAAGCUGGCUUGGCCCCCAUGCCAAGGGGCAUGAAGUUCAGUGGGACUAAGGGACCCAGUCCUUGGGAUCCUAUGGGCCCCUUCAUCAACCAAGAGCCCUGGGAAACCUCUGCAGCCUCCUGGGCCUCUCACCUUUCAGAGGCUUUUUUAUCAGGACACUUCCUUUUCUUUGGGGGGGGGGGGCCUCCUGGAGUCAUAAUUGGUCUGGGGUCUCUGUCCUGAAUGGCCUGCCCACCUCACAUUACCCAGUCUGUUAAGAAAUUUGUCCCAGUCAAGUAGAGAUGGCUUCUGGGAGAAAAGUAGGUGGUGGAGAGAUGGUGAGUCCCAGAGCAUCCCUGAAUUGCUAAUGGUCCCUCAUGGGAAGCUGCUCUGGCAUGGAAGCGUCCUCUCCCCUGUUAACACUAGUAAGAAUCGUUUAUAUCCUGCCUAUUUUGGUUUGCGGAACACUUCCAUACCCAUUGUGUCCUGGGAAUCUCAUCACUUCUGUGUGAGGUAGCCUGUAGUUGGUUAGGUCCUUUUGCCCCCAGGUUACAGAUAAAGACAUUGAAGCUAAGGUUACUGUUUUCACAAAGUCCCAUAGUGAGUGGGUGGCAGAACAGUUUUCCUAACUGACUCCACCAAAGCUCCCACUCUCCUCCUGUUUACCUGCCCCAGGGACGUUGACCUACAGCUAUCUUGAUCUUUGCUCUGGGCACCUUUAAACAACCUGUCUUCACAGGUGCCUCUGAGUACCGCUUUAGGCCUCUGUCUCCAGAAGAAGCUACACUCUGAGCAAGCCUGGAAUUCCUCCCCACAGCCACUGGACUUCCUUCCAGCUCCAGCUGAGAUGCCUACCAUCCAUGAGGCACCUAAGCUGAUCUGGUUCCCAAGUUCAGGGUCAGGAGAAGGCCUUGUCCGUGGCCUCAGUGUGCAGAGAGCCCCUGCCAGGAGAGGCACUGAGGGCCAUCGAGGCUGAGCAGAGUCCAGUUAAGGCAGUCCAGGCCUGCCCUCUUUGGGGGUAUGGCAGUCUGAAGCUGUUUUGCAGGUCAGGGUUCUGGUUCCCAAAGGACAAGUUUCUCUAGGGGCACUCAGCAGACAAAAGGCUGACUCCCCUUCCCCAAAGCAAAGGGUCUCUCUGGAAGGUUUUAUCUCACAUGAGAGCUCAUGACACAUGGAGCAUCAACAAAUUUACUGAGCACCACUCCACCUAUGGCACUAUAAGAAGACAGAGGCAUGGAGGGAAAAUCAGACAUCUGCCCUCAAGGAACUCAUCCUCUAGCUGGGGAAACAGCCCUCCCCACCACCCCGUACAUGCAGGCAUCAGUGGGUCACUAAUGGCACCAUAUAGCACGUGCUGAGGGCCAUAUGCCUGUCACCAUGAGCAUUGCUGGAGCUCAAGCACCCAAGCCUGGUAACCAGGACAGAAUCCUGAGCUGGGCUUCAGUAUCUCAGCCUGGAAGUGACCUUAACAAUAAUUUGUUUCAGCAGUUCUCAAGCUUUGGAGCCUCAGGACCCUUCGUUGCAAAGAAUCCUUGUGUGGAAACACCGCAUAUAAAGCUGAGAAAAAGCAACUACACUGGUGGGUGCUGGGGAUGGGGAAGUCCAAAACCAGAUCAGCCUCCUUUUCUACUGUGCCUCUCAGGGGACCCUGGGGAACCCUGAAAGCUCUUGGUGGCUCUGAAGAAUGUGGCUUGAAAACCACUGAUCCAGGUCAUUUUACAGAUGAGCAUCACAGAGGGGAAGGAUUUUUCUGGAGCCAAAGAGACAACUGGCGGCAAAUUAGAGGGUUUGGGCUUUAUAUGGGAUAUGGCCAUAUCAAUGAGAUAUGGGAGUUGUGGAAGUGACAGAAGACCAUGGGCAGGAAUGACAGGUUACAUCGGCUUCUUUGCAAGAUAAAGAUACCCAUCUGACUCCUGGUGUCAGGAAGAAAAGACAGUGACUAGGACUAACAUGGACCAUCUCCCUGGAGUUCUGAGGGACCUCUCUCUCUUCAUGUCAGAGAGGAAUUCAGCCUCUCUGGCCUAGGACUGCUCAUCAGCCUCUGAGUCCUGGCUUCCCUGCACUAUAGACCGUCUCCUGUUAUCACACAGCCAUGUCGGGAGAGCUCUGGUCAUCUGGGAUCAUCACCCAGAGGGAGGACAAGGUGAGCCCUUCCUCCUGAACACGAGCAGAAGUGUGGCCUUGACUCCGUCAUUGUAGUUGCCUCUCGGUGACUCACUGCAGCUCUUCUGCCCUGUGAUGUGGGAGGACUGCAGGGCCCUGGACUGAAAGAACCUGCUCCCCCACACCCUCUUUUGUGUCUUAUAGGGGGAAACAUUGGUGUCUGGGGCUGAAGCUUGGCCUGAACACAACCACUGACAUGUUUGAGAGAGUAUGAAGGGAUGGAUGGGGUGGGCAUCAGGGAUCUGAGCACAACGAAGAGCCCUCCUCGGGGACUUCUGGGUGCCCUUCUCACAGGCCAGGGCCGCAUAACCCUUCAGGAAGGCAGAUGAGCUGGAGCAGCCAAAGUAUCGACUGGAUUUGUUCUUUACACCAGCGGGCCCAAAUGACUGGAAGAACUCAGUGUAAUCCCAGUCAGUGACUCGAACUUGGAGUGGCUCGAACCAACAGCAAACAUCACAGCAGUGGGUAAUCCCACCUGCAUCUCUAGCUCCAACUUUGGUGUUUGUUUGUUUGUUUUUUGUUUUUUUGGCAGGGCCUUAGUUCCCCGACAAGGGAUCAAAGCCGUGUUCCCUGUAGGGGAAGUGCAGAGUCUUAACCACUGGACUCCCAGGAAAGUCCCCCUUGCCCCAGCUUUGGAAAUCAAGGUUUGAAGUAUUUUCAGCAGAUUUACUAUCAUCAUUAUGGUGGUUACAAAGAGUGUAUGGCCCUGGACACACAUGGAGAGAAGCUUAGAAGCAUGCUGUGAGGCUCUGGAAAAUUCAAGAAAUGGCUUCUUAACACUGAGACACUGCAUUAACACUAAUUUGGGACCUAGAGUCAUUUCUCCUAUUUGUGCCACAGAUCCUUGAACUCAUACCCAGAGCAUGAGAAUGUGUUAUUGUAUGUUUUAAAAAUGUAACUUGGUAUAGUUUGUUACUAUGGGAAAACCCAUCCUUCCAUGGCUGUGGCACUUUGGUGACAAUGUCAGAGACUGAGUUGACUGGUAGAAUCUUAGAUUUUACAGGCACGGGGCUACCCUAUACCAUGAUAUUUAAGCAGUAUCUCAGCUUGAGCCUGAUUCUGAAAGAGACAUCUCAGGAGAGAUUUAUAAGCCAAAUGCCCUCAGCCCGCUCCAACUCAUCCCUCUCCUUCCAGUCCAUGACAAGGCAGGUGAGGGGAUCAGGAGAGAAGAUACAUUGGAGAGUUCCUGAUCUUUUCUUUCCUGGUGGCCUUAUCUUGGCCUUUGAUAAUACAUGUGGGCAAUUAUGAGCUCUCUGGCAGCCAUGACAUGCAUCAAGAUCUGCUUGGGAAUGGGAAAAAACAGACAUUCCUUACCCUUUCUACCCUCACCCUUGUUCACAGGGGUGACAGUAGCUCAAGGUGGUGUAGAGGUAUUUAUGCUUAGGAGAAGAAGUUGUCACUCAGUUCACUGGGAAGGUGAGAAACAAAAGAAAGCCACCGCGUGCUAUGUAAAUGGUGGGCUGUCGCAAGCCACCUUGUUCUGAAGAGCCCUGGAAGGACCUUGAUAAACUUAUCAUGAUCA